UUGAAUGUUGAUGCCACUGCUAAAGAUAUUCAAGCCAUAACUGUUAUUGAUAGAUUAAUAGGUGGGCUAAGCUAUCAGUUUGAUGUGAAUGCAGUUACUGAAGCUGGUGAAGGUGGUCGAAGUGCUUCCUCUUUUGUCCUUGCUAAAAUGCCCAUUUUAGCACCACCUCGACCAACAAGUAAAAUUGAGGUACUUCAUGAAACAAUUACUAGUACAAAUUUGAUAAUUCGAUUCAGCACAGCUAUGUUCAAUACCAAAAAUGGUCUCUUAACGAAAUGUGCUUUAAUUGUAUGCGAAGUUAACAAAAAUAUCUAUGGCAAAUGGGUUGUUGAAAGUUGGAGCAAUAGAACUGUUACUUGGGGACAAGCAAGCAAAUACGAUAUCUGGCCUAAUUAUAUUGCAGUUGAGAAACCGAUUGAACCAGUUCGUAUAUUUUUGCCAAAUUUUAUUUCAGAGACGAUUGGAAUUGACAAUACUUGUAAAAACGCCGAUCCAGAAAUAAUAUGCAACGGGCCACUUAAGCCAGCCACUUCUUACAGGUUUAAAUUACGAAUAUAUACGGCACCAAGUCUAUGGACAGAAACUGAACUUUCUGAAGUGGCUGUGACAAAGAUUAACAAAUAA